CCCCGCCCCCCGCCGGCCGGCUCCCCUCCCCCGGCCGCUGGCUCGCUCGGCUCGCUUCGCUGCAGAGGCUCUGAGGCGGCGGCGGCGAAUCCUUCUUUUCCUCCUUCUCUAUCGGUCCAUCCUUCUGUGCGUCUGUCUGUUCGGCUUCGGUCCGGCCCGCAGCAUGGCCGGCGUCAGCUUCAGCGGCCACCGCCUGGAGCUGCUGGCAGCGUACGAGGAGGUGAUUCGAGAGGAGAGCGCGGCCGACUGGGCUCUGUACACUUAUGAGGAUGGCUCAGAUGACCUCAAGCUUGCAGCGUCAGGAGAAGGGGGCUUGCAGGAGCUGUCAGGUCACUUCGAGAACCAGAAGGUGAUGUAUGGCUUCUGCAGUGUCAAGGACUCACAGGCUGCUCUGCCAAAAUACGUGCUCAUCAACUGGGUUGGCGAAGACGUGCCUGAUGCCCGCAAGUGCGCUUGUGCCAGCCAUGUGGCUAAAGUGGCCGAAUUCUUCCAGGGUGUCGACGUAAUCGUGAAUGCCAGCAGUGUGGAAGACAUAGACGCAGGUGCCAUUGGACAGCGGCUAUCCAACGGGCUGGCCCGGCUUUCCAGCCCAGUGCUGCAUCGCCUUCGGCUAAGGGAGGAUGAGAACACUGAACCCGUGGGCACCACCUAUCAGAAAACGGACGCAGCUGUGGAAAUGAAGCGGAUUAACCGUGAGCAGUUUUGGGAGCAGGCCAAGAAGGAGGAGGAGCUGAGGAAGGAGGAGGAGAGGAAGAAGGCCCUGGAUGAGAGGCUCAGGUUUGAGCAGGAGAGGAUGGAGCAGGAGCGGCAGGAGCAGGAGGAGCGGGAGCGGCGCUACCGGGAGCGGGAGCAGCAGAUUGAGGAGCACAGGAGGAAACAGCAGACUCUAGAAGCAGAAGAGGCCAAGAGGCGGUUGAAGGAGCAGUCGAUCUUUGGUGACCAGCGGGAUGAGGAAGAAGAGACCCAGAUGAAGAAGUCCGAAUCAGAGGUGGAGGAGGCAGCCGCCAUCAUUGCCCAGCGACCUGACAACCCUCGUGAGUUCUUCAAACAGCAAGAACGAGUCGCGUCAGCCUCCUCAGGCAGCUGCGAUGUGCUCUCGCCCUUCAACCACCGACCAGGCAGCCACCUGGACAGCCAUCGGAGGAUGGCUCCCACCCCAAUCCCUGCCCGGAGCCCAUCCGACUCCAGCGCAGCUUCCACACCAGUUGCUGAGCAGAUUGAGCGGGCUUUGGAUGAAGUCACUUCCACACAGCCUCCACCAUUGCCACCACCAUUACCACCAGCCUCAGAGACCCAGGAGCCCAGCCCCCAGCCAGAGAGUGAAAAGGCCAGCCAGGAGGACCAAGCAGCUAUUCCGCAGGCCUGGGCCAGCCCUGUGGAGGAAUCCCUUCUGGCAAGGGAGCCCCCCCGGGGGCAGGGCGGCCUCACGGAGGACUUGAUGUUCAUAGAGUCUCCAGACCAGGCUGUCCUAGCUGCCCCUCUGGAGCCUGCUUCAGUUGCCAACUCCGUCGCUGACACAGCUGACACCUUCGAAACCAACACUGCCGCUGUGGACACCACCGUUGCCACCCCCGCUGCUGCCAGCCUCAUUGACCUAUGGCCUGGCAAUGGGGAAGGGGCCACCACACCCCAGGCCUGGGAGCCAGAGGCCAAGCCCAGGGCCCCCACUCCACCCUCAGGUGCUGAGGUCACUCUGGCGGAGGUGGCCCUGCUGGACCAGGUGGCUCAGGAGCCCCUGCCACCAGUAGGUGAAAGCUGUGCCAACCUUCUCAAUUUUGAUGAGUUGCCUGAGCCACCAGCCACCUUCUGCGAUCCAGAGGAAGUAGAAGGGGAGCCCCUGGCUGCCCCCAAGGCCCCAACAGUGCCCUCCGCUCUAGAGGACCUAGAUCAGGAACCCGAGCCGGAGCCCCAUGUGUUGACCAAUGGCGAGACUACCCAGAAGGAAGGGACCCAGGCCAGUGAGGGUUACUUCAGCCAAUCACAGGAGGAGGAGUUUGCCCAAUCAGAAGAGCUGUGUGCGAAGGCUCCACCUCCUGUGCUCUACAACAAACCUCCAGAAAUUGAUAUCACCUGCUGGGACGCAGAUCCAGUACCAGAAGAGGAGGAGGGCUUCGAAGGUGGAGAUUAGUGGUGCGUCCGCCCUAAGGCUGCCCUCGCAAGGCCACCCAUUUCCAGGCCUCUGGCCAGACUGCCCGCUGUGUGCCAUGCCUGCCUGCACUCGCAGCAGCUCUGCCUGGCACCCACUUCGGAUUCAGGCUCUGGCCCUGACUCGGCCAUUCCCCCACCCACAGGGCCCAAUUUUGACAGCUUUUCUCUUUUUUUUUUUUUUUUAAAGUGGAUAGGAGACUUGUACAGUUGACUGAUUUUCCUCCCGUUGGUAGUUGAGAUGCUGUUGCAGAGUCCACCCUCUCCCUUGCCGGGUCCAGAUUGUAGCUUAGUCCUCCCUGCUCAGCUGGCCGGGGUGGAGGUCUCCCCUUGCUUGGGGCCUGGUGUGGGGGAGCUCUGAUGGGAACAUGUCCCCCCCACCUCUUUUCCUAGUUUUAUGUUUCUUGGAAAAAUAUCACUUUGUAUUCUCUGUCCAGGGCUUCAGAUAUUUUGCACGAAUUUUAAAACAUGGCAAUAAAUGGCUCGUGGGCUCUGGC